AUGGCUGUAACCCUUAAUCCAGUUGUCUUAUGGGCACAACGUUCAGAUGCCAAUGAACCUGAAAAGAACGUGAUUUUCUUGACUAUUCAAUUAGCAGAUGCAAAGAAUACUAAGAUUGAUUUAACUAGCACUGAAUUGCAAUUCACGUCUGACACCAGCGAUUCUGAUGCCCACUAUCAUUUAAAGAUUGAAUUCUUUGACGAAAUUGACACAGAAAACAGCAAGCAAAAUGAUUCAGGCUCUAAAAUCUAUUUAGUAUUAAGAAAGAAGAAGGCUCAAGAAGAAUAUUGGCCAAGAUUGACUAAGGAUAAGUUGAAAUUACACUACAUUAAGACUGAUUUUGACAAGUGGGUCGAUGAAGACGAACAAGAUGAACAACCUGAAGGUGAAGAUGAUAUGGCUGGUAUGGCAAACAUGAUGGGUGGUGGAGCCGGUGGUAUGCCAGGAAUGGGCGGUAUGCCAGGAAUGCCAGGCAUGGGAGGCAUGGGUGGAAUGCCGGGCAUGGGUGGUGCUGGUGGCCCAGGUGGUGCUGGUGGUUUUGAUAUUGCUUCAUUAAUGCAACAAAUGGGUGGUGCUGGUGGUGCUGGUGGGCCUGGCGGAGACUUCGACAUAAGUCAGUUAGCUAGUCAAUUGGGACAAGCUGGUGGCGCUGGCUUAGAUGAUGGUGAAGAGGGAGAAGGUGAAGAAGAAGAAGCUUCAGCUCCAAUUGAAGAAGUUAAAUAA